CAUAGCAUAAAACUGACUUACAUAGCCGGUAUAGUCACCGUGCAAUUGUUAAUACAAUGUAACUUAGUAGAAAUGCUAAUCAACAGGACUCUAGGUAAAAUUGCGGCGGCUACGGCCAGACGCACAAAGGAGGCCUCCCUUAGGUCAACACCUGCUAUGCGCAAGCUUCAAAGUGGACCUGGACCUUUAACAAAUAUUUACCAAACCUUCAUAGGACCAUGGGUAUUCCGUAUGUUCACGGGACCCCUUGAACGCUGGUCCCAGGCAUGCCUUACUCGUUAUCUCAGAGAGCAUGGUCUUUUGUAUGACGACCUCAUGAGCGAGAGAGAGCCUAUCGUUGAACGAGCUUUAGAAAUGCUACCAGAAGAUUUGAAAACUGCAAGAUUCAGAAGGAUAGCUAGAGGUAUGCACAUAUCCACACUAAGGAUGUACCCCCCUCUGGAAGAGCAAAACUACGACCCUUUCGUGCCAUACCUGGCACCAUAUAUUGAAGAAGCAAAGUUCCAACUGCAAGAAGAAGAAGAACUGCUCGGAUACCACCCACAAGAUAGACGUGUUUUUUGCGGUGGAACAACCGGAUUUGGUGAUAUGGAGCCUGGGAUGCACUUCCUUACAUCGCUUCCCAACCUAUACGGUGCGGGUAUGGGAAACAUGAAAAAGAAAUAAAUACACAAAGCGAAUUGCUGUGCCACGACAUGUGGAUGGUUUAUAUAAGAUAGCGUGAUGUUGCACACAUCUCCACUUUAAAGUGAUAUCAGAAGCCUAACGACCUAAAAUACGGUUUUAGAAUAAAAUUGGAUCAGAAUAAGGACAAAUAUCGGUAGAAGGACGUGGGAGGUGGUAUGACACCGACGAAGUGACCACCGGUCAACAAUGAAUACUAAAGUAGACAACUUACACACUCGUCAACCGUCACUUAACCCAUGCUUCCAUAAACUAUGUAGAACGUAAU